CUCGCAGCAUCCCUGGAAGGAGCGGCCGCUCGCCGGCUUCUCUUGGCUCUUCCGCACUCUGAGCCUCCACGGGGAGGGGCGUGACCAACUCGGGGCGCGCGGACAGACAGGCAGGACUCCACGCGCGGCUUUUUCCCCUCGCCGAGACUGGAGCCUUGGCGUCGGUCCUGCGGGCGCUGGUGCCGUCGCCUGGCCAGCUUGCCGACGGAACAUGUUCCCAGAAAGCUGAUUGCAGCCGGGCAGUCGCGACGGCACUGCCGCCGCCAUCCCAGUGAGCUGGAAUUGGUAACGCGCCCCAAGUUGGUCCUGCGGGAGGCCGCUCCCCAGCAAUCCAGAGAGGCGUCCGGGCCGGGCGGCGGCGAUAGCGGCCUCGCUGCCACCUUUACCCUCAUCUCGACCACCACCAGUAGCAGCAGCAGCAGCUCUGACUCCCACAGCACCAUGGACCUCUCCUUCAUGGCCGCGCAGCUUCCAGUUAUGGGAGGAGUGUUUAUGGAUUCGUCCAAUGAAGAAUUUAGCACAGAAUAUUCUUUGUUUAAUUCAUCUGCCAAUGACUACACUACUGCCUCAGUGCCAAAUCAGCCAGAAGAGACAGCUCGUUCUUCAAAUGAUGCCAUUUUGUUAUGGAUUGCAAUUAUAGCCACAAUUGGAAACAUUGUAGUUGUUGGAGUUGUGUAUGCAUUUACAUUCUGAGAAGUAAAGAAGACAACUCCAGGAGACACGUACGAACAGAUGUACGUGUAUGUAUGUAACAUUAUGUGCACAUACCUAUGUAAAAUGUAAAUCUUUAUACAUAUUGGUAGGUAGAUGUAAUUUCUUAUCUAAGGUCCCAAUUAACAGCAAGUGGCAAACAAAAUCACCAAAGUACCCUUUACAAAAAAGAUUUUUGUCUAUUAUGUGGAGAUGAAACAUAAUUUACAUCAUAGCCAAUUAAAUAUGGAUCUAACAUGAAAGGUCAAUGUAUAUAAAUGGAAAAGCAGAUUUGUUCAUCAAGGGCUCUAUUGUGAAUCUAUAGGGUAACUAACCUUUGGAUUAAACAUUGGAUACCUUUUUUUUUCAGGGUUGUUUUUUUGUUAUUGUUGUAAGUCCCCACCCCCCCAGUUGUUACAUUCUGCGACAGAUGCCAGUGUAAUUCUAUUGUUCUCUAAAGACACAGAGCAAAUGAAAUUUCAAUUCGUGUUGAAGUCUGCUAGGGAAAAAUGGUCAGGGUGUUUACUGUUAAGUAGUGCAGAGCCUCGCAAGUGAAAUGUACAUUAUUCACAAAAAUUUCACAGAUGGAUAGAUUCCUAUUGUGGGCCAGAUUUAAUUUUUCAAAGCUUUCUCUCUGGGAGAAAAAAAAUUGCGAGGAGUCCUAAAAAUAUCCACAUGUCUGAAUUUGAAAACAGCCCUAGGAGUUAGAAGCCCUCAUUUGGGGAGACUGAUUGGACAGGGUGGAUUUAGAAUCUUUCCUUUUGAGAGUGUUAUAGUUUUCAUGAAUUUUAACUAUCCAAUUGGAAUAGGCUUGGAGGGCUUGAGAAAAUAAAUUUAGAGGCAGCCAAUUGCAACUCCAAAAAUUAUCUCACCUCGAGUUUAUGGUGCAAAUUAGGGUGCACCAAUCUUUCUUAAAACCAAGAACCUUAUUGGAAGUAUUCUAUAACUGUAUGCCAUAAAAUCUGUUCUCCUUUUGCCAAUUUUAUGGAGAUGUAUUUUAAAAUGGCUAUUUUUGAUCUUUUUCAGAUAUUUUUUAAUCACACAUAUUUAUGUGUAAUUUGGUUGGUUGGUUUCCUUUAUAACAUAAUGGAUCUUUUUUGUUUAAUUCAUUUAUAAUCUUUUUUCCUCCAGAAAUUUAAAGAAACUCCUUUUCCAAGUUUUUACUACAAUUAUAGCCCUGAGAAAUAGGUUAACUAAGAACUUUUAACUUGAAGUGCUAAGAAAUACUGUCUUAAGGCUAUUGAAGGACUUGAACCUGGUCCUAAUCCAAUAUCUAAACCAUCAUAUGACACUGGUGUCAUUAUCUGAUGUACCAAACUUUUUUCCUUUCCCUUCAUAUAAUCCCAUAUAAAAUGUCCCACAGUUCUGCCAUAUCUUACAAUGCAGGCCUAUUUUUGCAUAUACUAUGAAACAGCAAAUCAUUUUUUCAUGGAAUACAGCAAAUUAUACUCAUUUUCCCCCCUCCCAGCUGCUCAUUCUGAUUUUGCUAGCAGAAUGUUUCACUCAGAUUAAUUUAUGGGGGUUUUAUCCAAGUCAGCAGCAUGAGUAGUCUUCUACAUACAACACAUGACCGUUUUGCAACAGUUGUUAAGUUAGUAACAUAGUUAUUAAAUGAUGCUGACUUCCCCACUGACUUUGCUGGUCAGAAGGUUACAAAAGGUCAUCCCAGGACCAUUGGACACUAAAUAUAUGCCAAUUGUCAAGCAUCCAAAUCUUGACCAAAUGACCAUGGGGAUGCUGCAAUGAUCAUAAGUGUGAAACAUGGU